AUGGAGGUUAAACUUGAAAUUAAGGAAGAGUUAGAAGAAAAUGAGCAAAAAUAUGUGGUGCCUCAGCUGGCAAUAAAUCUCCAAGAAUGUAAAAGUGAAACAGAUUUUGUGCCGAGUGAGAGUAAAAUGGAAAUUUUGAAAGAAUUACCUGAGCAAUUGUGCAAGAAAGAAAAGUAUGACACAGAGGAAAAGAUAUUAAAAUGUGAAAUUUGUUUUCAAGAAUUUCCUCAAAAAAAUUUUGAAUUGUGGUUAAAUGAAAUAAGCAAAACAAAACAUCAGGAGUAUGCUAAACGAACUACGGACAAAAUAAGUGAGGAAAUUGUUGUAACAUAUUAUAACUGCAACAGAAGUGGUAUUAAUCAAGAUAUCAAGAUAAUAUUAAUCAAGAAAAAGAUGUCAAAUAUGUACCUGAACAUUAUGGUCAUGUAA